GUUCGAGACGAUCUCCGGUCACGUGGUGUUUUUGAAAUACUAUUAUAUAUUUUAACUAUACAUUACCUUUUUUUUUUUUUUUUUUUUAGUGAAAAAUUCAAUGUUUAAAGUCUAAAUGUUGAUUUUAAGGUAAAACAAUGAGUAAAAGUUUAUUUUUAUUUUGUUUGAGUUUAUUAGCGGAGAAAACUAAUAGUUGGCCUUGGCCAAGUUUAUGGUCAUCCGGAAAUCCGUUGAAGUCUACUGGAAAAGUGUUGAAUUUCCUUCCAGUACCAGUAACCGAAGAGUGUUUGUCAGACGACUCUAGAAGGACAGGACUGUGUCUAAACGCGUACGAGUGCAGGAUACAAAAUGGAGAUUCCCAUGGCCCGUGCGCUUUGGGAUUUGGCGUAUGUUGUGUCUUCACGGCGUCUUGCAACGCAGAGGUUGCUAAUAAUGUCACGUAUUUUGUAAACCCUAACUUUCCGGGUCUUUUAAACGAUGUUGGUGAGUGUACACUUAAAGUGAAGAAAGUCUCCGAUGACAUUAGUCAAAUCCGUUUGGACUUUGUAAAUUUCAAUCUAGCACAACCUAAUAGGAAGACUGGUGUGUGUGAAACAGACACAUUCGUGGUAAGCGGUGCUGGAUCGAAUGAUUUGAAAUUUUGUGGUCUCAACAGCGGACAACAUGUGUAUUAUGAUGUCGACGACGUUAAAGAUGCAAUUACAAUUAAUGUUCGACUAACAAAAGCUAACUACAACCGAAUGUGGGAAAUUAAAAUAACACAAAUAGAAUUUGCUCAAAGAGCACCUGCCGGUUGUCUUCAAUAUUUUCAAGGAGUAUCCGGUACCAUUCAAACAAUGAAUUACGCCAUUAACGGUAGACAUUUAGCCGAUCAAGAUUAUGUCAUUUGCAUGAAACAAGAACAAGGUAUGUGUUCUAUUGUAUAUGAGCCUUGCGAUGAAAAUUCGUUCAAAAUAGGACCACCAAUUACAUCAGACACUGUUGAGGGGUCAGGAGAUGGAGGUAGUACAUCAGUUAUUUCAUUGGAUGAAUUCAGGGAAUGUAGUGAUAGAGUUAUGAUGCCCUGUGAUUCGGAAGAAUUUUUAACUACUCAAGGAGGCCCUGGAAUUUGUGACUUAUUACACUGCGGAAAUACAUUUUGUUCAGACAAAGAAACGCCAUGUAGAAUCGAAAGUAGUACAACACCUUUUGUGAUACGAGUACAAUUCGGACCAGGUAACAGAGAAGAGAAUCCUGAAGAUAAUUUAGGAAUGUGCCUAAAAUAUGAACAACAAACGUGUUAGAUUACUAGAAAUAUUGUUUCAAUACAAUGAGUAGCUGACUGUAUAUAAAUGAACUACAAAUUAAAGUCAAAUAGAUCUAAAAAAACCAAUGAGGUCUAAAUACUUAAAUAUGAUGAAUAUUUUGUUUCUAAAAGAGGUUAUGAAACAUUUUUAUAAUAAUAGCAUUGUUCCUUUUAUUUCUAAUGUUAUGAGAUUGUUUAUUAAUUUUUUUUUAAGUGAAAUGAAUAAUAAAAACACAAUUAUAGUUUAAACGACAAUGAUGUAAUAAAACUUAAUAUAGAAAUAACAUAAACAACCUUAUAGUCACAACCAGGGAACAUAAAAUAAAUUAAAUAUUACUGCAACGUAUACACUUAAUACCAAAUAAAACAAAUUAUAAUUGAAUGAAUUAACAAAAAAGAAAGUUUUCAUCAAUCUGAAAAAAAAAACAAAA